AUGGCUUUGAGUUCUCUCUUUUCACCGAGCUUCACUACUAUCCCCUCCACAAGUCUCUCCACAAAGCAUUCGUUCAGUUUCCACCCUUAUCUUCACUCUAGGUCUCUUCAAUACACUAACAAGAAGAGAGAAUUUCCACUUCCAUCGGUGGCUUCAAUUCCAUACCAACCAAUCAAUGUAGACUACUUGGAAGAAGAAUUCAGUGGCCAUGGAGUCACUUUCGAACGUCUUAGUGAUAGCUGCGUUGCCAAGAUGAGACUGGAAAAUGGGAGCACUGCCACAUUGAUGCUACCAAGCGGCUUAAUCACAUCAUACAAGGCUCGCAUGUGGCAUGGAGGUACAGUUGAGCUGUUGCAAACAUCAGUCUUGCAGGGGGAGGAUGGAAGUGCUGCCAUACGAGGAGGGGUGUCUCCAGCCUUUGCCUUUGACAGUGAUGGUGAAAUUUCAUGGUCUCCUAGUACUUGGGCUCUUAAGGAUAUCAGAGGAGAUUCUCGUGACUCUAUUCAGGUUGAAAUAGUGAGCACUGAUGCAAAAGAUAUGGUUGAAAUCAGAUACAUUUUGAGUCUCAGUCAAGAAACCUUAAGCUCAGAGCUUAUUGUCUCCAACUCAAAAUCUUCAUCGAUCCAAAUGAGGGGUUGUAUUAUUAGCCAUCUUACAGUAAGCACACCAGAAGCAACCUAUGCAUAUGGAUUAGAGGGAUCAGACUUCUUUACCAGGCCUAUGUUCUUAUCAACCUUCGGCAUUGUUCCUCCAGACCUCAGAGAAAGUGGAUUUGGUUCUGGCCAACUGUGGGGAAAUAUGGGUUUCAAAGGAUUUUUUACUGGCCGGGAUGGGAGAAAUCAGAAGAAUGGUGAUGAUGGAAGAGACAGUCUGCAAGAAAUUGAGGAAAUGGAGGGUGAAGAAAACGAUAAUUAUAAGAAUUUAACUGAGCAAAUGAGCAGGAUUUACACCAGCGCACCACGGGACUUCACAAUCAUUGACAGGGGCCGAAGAAACUCAGUUGCUGUAGGAAGGGAGGGAUUCGAGGAACUAUACAUAUUUAGUCCCGGUUCAAGCCAUGAGAUGUAUGGCAUGUAUUCUUUUAUAUGUGUAGGCCAAGCAGUCAUGCUUAAACCAGUAAUUUUGAAUCCUGGAGAGGCAUGGACAGGCAGUCAGCAUUUACACAAUCCAAAUCUCUAG